AUGGUAUGGGCCAAAAGUAAGUAUGUUUACAUCUUUACGUUUACUUAUAGUACCAUAGAUAAAAAAUUUAUUUAAUUUUAAAAAUAUUUAUAAAAAAUAGAAAAUUGGUCAGAAUAUACUAUAUUAACUGCGUAAAAAUCCUAAAAAACUAAAAGUGAAGAAUACUUUAUUUUUUCUACAAGAUUGUCAAGAAAGUUGUUGCAGAACGAUCACUAACCGCCGAUGGCGAUUUUUUGCCCCACGUCCGAUUGGCGAAAGAUUUAAUGGAUCCACGCAGAUACGACAGUCGAAUUCGACCGGUCAUGAACUUCACGCAAAGAACAAGAAUUGUCGUCAGUAUGAGCUUGUACCAGAUCCUAGCAAUAGUACGUAAUUCACUUAUUUUGUUUUCGUCCCAAUAUAUAAUGCUGCUUAAGUUUUAUUUGCCUUAAAUACCCGAUUGAAUUGCACGAUAAUGAAUACCACUUUAGAACGAGAAGAUGCAGAACAUUGACUUGAAUGUAUGGGUAAUACAGAAGUGGAGAGACGAGUUCCUAGGCUGGUCACCUCUGAAAUACGGCCUUAUCAACAACACCAUCUUACCGUAUCAACGGAUAUGGCUACCCGACACUUAUAUCUACAACAGGUGAGAUAUCUCACAACAUACUUACAGUAUAUUUACUAGAAAACCAUUAAAAUUCCUAUUUACAAUUCUUAAGUCAAAAGUCAACAAAAACAACUUUAAAAAUGUAAAUUAAUUCUUCAGCGUGGUCAUGAAUCGGGAAGAGACGGAGCGCUACAUCAACGCCGUAGUCACUACGAACUACUGGAAGAAGGAGAGAGGAGCUCAGAUCAUGUUCAUGUACCCAGCCUUAUACAGGUAACAACAAUGUUACAGUACACUUCUGUGUUUAGAACUAGUUGCAGAAUCCACAUCAGAUUCUUCCCUUACGAUCUACAGAACUGCACGUUGAUUAUAAGUUCGUGGACGAGUGACAAGAGCUCCAUCGACUACGUUCCCGAGUUUGAUACCGUGAACCUGGAGAACUUUAUUCCGAACGAGGAGUGGGUGGUGGUCAGCUUUCAUAUGAGACGUAAAGAGGUGAGAAGAGAUGACAUGUGAAGGAAUUACAGCUAAACUAUAAUAAUUCGAAAUACUAAAUAACAACUUUUAGGAAAAGUUCGUUUGUUGUCCAGAACCAUGGGUGUUAUUGGAAGCCUCCUUGGUAGUGAGAAGGAAACCUUUAUAUUAUAUUGUGAACCUUGUUGUUCCAACUUCUGUUAUCACUUUAGUCGCUGUAACUGGAUUCUUCACUCCAGCUUCGACCAGUAAUGAAAGAAGAGAGAAACUGAGUUUGGGAAUAGAUUCUCUGCUGGCCAUGAGUAUCUUACUCACUAUGAUUGCAGGUAAACCUUUAAAUUUACCUUCAAAAUCAAGUGUAAUAUAAGAGAAAAAACACCUUUACCUUAACUUUCAAUAAUUAAACUAACUUUAACAGCUGCUAAAACCUAAAGUUUUAUUCAAUGUUCCGUUGUUACCUAAACCUAAACGCAAUACCUAACUUUGCAGAACAAAUGCCAACAAUCAGUGACUACGUGCCUUUGUUUGGUAUCUUUUACCUAGCCAUUAUCAUAAUCAUAUUCGCGGGAACUCUUUUCUCGGCCUUCAUCCUCAACGUUCAUCUCCAGAAAACCAGAAACAAACCCAUUCCUCCGUUGGUGAGCUUCAUCUUCUUCCACAAGGUGGCUCCCUUUCUCAGUCUACGACCUCCCACCACGCUUCUGGAGCUGUGGAUGGAGACGGGAGUGAGGAUAAAAGGCCUGAAAGAUGCCGAUCCCAAACUGCCCAUGAGGUUCUCGACCAACAAAAGGAGUUUAGGCUUACCGGCGCCACGCAAAGAGAAGGAAUUCACGUUUCUGAAUGGCCAAAAUGGAAAUAACGAGGAAAAACGGAAUGUAAGUUACAGUGAAUUACUCUACGUGAAGCGAAAAGUCUUCAGAAUGAGCCAGAAACAGUUUUUCAAACAUUUUUUGUAAAUUAAUCGAGAAAUCUGGAAGAAAAUCUCCGAAAACCUCUGAAAAACAAUCGUUCCAAGAGUCACAACCUUGUUUUUUGCCAAAUUUUGUUUGGUUUUACUCUCUUCCUGCUCUCGUCUGUGCCGGAAAUUAGUUUUAAACAUUAAUGUGACCUUCAGCAUCUUCUCGGCUCACCGGAACUGUUUAAAAGGUCUCAAAUAGAAACGGAAUGGGAGCCGUCUAAACAAGGGCCAAGUCUAAACACUCCCAAAACGGCACAGAAGGCCAGAAACAACUGGAAACGUCUGGCAGCCAGAGCCAACGCCAAAAGUAAGGUUUCAAUUACCUAAUGAAACAACAUUAACAUCAUACUCAAUGUUUAUGUUUUUAAGUUAGCUGCUAAAUUUAUAGGUAAUGGCUGUUUUAAAAGGUUUGAAAAUAACUAAUUAAGAACAAAUAUUUAUAUUGUUAUUUUUGAAAAAAGCCAUAUCAAUUGUUUUAUAACAGUAAUAUCCAAAAAAUAAUACUAAAUUCGUAACUAUCUUAGAACUAAACACAAAGUUCUUGACUAAAUUACGGUACAUCUUGGAAAAACAAUGUUCUGACACUGACAAAAACACUAGUUUAGCCCAAAACUAUUCCAAGGUUUUCAAAAACAAUUAUUGUGGCACAAACACCCUACUCUAACUGUGAGAAACAACUAAUUCCAGGGAAAGAAGAACAAAACAAAAUCAGCGACAUUCCUUUUGCUGAUGGUGCUUCAUUAGCUCCGAGCACUGGUUUCGAGCCAAUGAAUGUGGGGCCAUACUCAGCUCGACACAAGGUCUCGACAGCCAGUAGACCUCAAUCCAUGUUGCCUGCACUGCAGUUGCUGUAUAUGCAACAAGGUGGGGGUCCUGCUUCUGGGAGCGCGGCCGACGCCUUCCUUCUGGAUGCCAAACUGAGGCGACGCUACGCCCACGAGUGGGAGUUUCUGGCUUCGGUGCUGGAUCGGGUGUUGUUGAUAGUGUUUUCGGGCCUGGUACUACUGGUCACUGCCGCCAUGAUAGCGGUGGGCGAGGCGAUCCACUUCUCCUACUCGCUGGUCGAGGAUUUCCCUCAAAACGUCACAGAGUUCAACCAAGACUUCUGA